AUGACUGAAUUGGCAUCAAAAUUUAUCAAUAAUUAUGUUACAAAAUUUAUGCAUAGAACUUUUCAAAGUCUUGUUCUUGCUCGUGAUGGACCAAAACUUUUAACAAAAUGCCAACCUUCUAAAACAAGUUGGUUUCAAAUUGAGAUAGACGAAAUUGGUAGUGUGGCAAGUGUUAUUAAACAACGGGUUAGAAACUUUCCUCAUUCCUGCAAUAUAGUAAACAUUGACUUUUUACUCAAUACACCAGAUUAUGGACUACUUCCUUUAGAACAAUGGAGAAUAACUAUUGAUAGAAGUAAAAGAAAUGAUGGUAAUAUAGCGACAGCUGAGGGGUUUCAUGAUGGUUUGACAAUUCUCUUAAGAUCUAUUAUUAUAUCAGCAAGGCAAACUCCAUGUCAACGACAUCUAGUUCGUAAACAAAAUGAAGGACAAUUUGUUUUAACUUUUAAAAUUUAUGAGGGAGAUUUUAAACCAUUUUUUGGUGAUAAUGUAAAAUUUAUUGAUCUUGGAAGUGUAAAAACUAAUUUUUGUCAUAUUAAUGCUUCUGUAGUAUAUAGGAAAGAUUUUGACUAUGAUCCAGAUAUAUCUGACUACUAUAUAAUAAUGGAAAGAAAUAUAUCAACAAAUAAUAAAAAAUUGUCAAGAGAUGUUAGUGAAAUAUGUAUAAUUGAAGAUGUUAUUGUUCAUAUUGACAAUACAGGAAAAUCAUUUGUCGAUGAAAGUUUAUGUGUUACAUCAAAUGUAUUUCCGGUAUUAGAAAAAAGUGAAACAUCAGAGUUAAUAUCAUAUGGAAAAUCUUUUUCAACAUCAAAUGAAGAGAUACAAAAAUUUCGUUCAAGAAUAAAUUCAGAAAUAUCAAAUAUAAGCUCUGAACAUCCGAUUUUUAACAUGAGUAUCUCUUCUAAUAAAACUCCAACAUCUGAAGAAGUUUUAAAAAAUAGUCGAAAAGAUGAAACAAAAGAAAUUAUUGAGAAGAAUAUUAUGAGAAAAAGUAAUAUAUCUAAUAUAAAUUUGCCUUUAGAAACAUCAAUUUUCCCUUUACCUACAUCAAAUGAACAACAAGAUAUUCCAUUCGGUAUAUUACUUUCAUAUUCUGUUGAAGAAGUGCCAUCAAAAACUUCACAAUCAAUUCAAAAAUUAUUUACAUCUAAAAAAUCUACAAGUUUUAAUAAUUCAUCUAAAACACUUCACCCUGUUUAUGAAGAAACAUCAUCAACAUCAUCAGAUAAUUUAUCCACUUCUUUAGAUGAUUCAUACGUUCAAAUUAUGGGUUACUCAAUAAAUAAAAAUAUUCUUAACCCAAAGUAUGAAUUAACUGCAUUUAUUCAAGAUUUAAAACAUGCACCAGAUUUAAAAUUUGAUAACCCACCACCACAAUAUAUUGAUAUAAAAACAAUGUUUAAUCUUUGUUUACGUGAUAUUCAACAACUUUCUACAUUAUCAACAAAUUUUGAUAUAUUUACUAAAGAAUUAUGCAAAAAAAAUAAACAUCAAAGUAAUAUUAACUCUGUUAAUUUUUACUAA